AUGCCAACUCAAGCGCCUCCAGGAAUAAAUAAAAAUUCGGAUUUUUUUUCACAACUCAUGCGCAAGGGAUACUAUUCUCCUUAUCCUCUCGAUGAGGUCGACGAUGACAGUGCCAAGCUCCUUGCCGGUGGUCUGGCGACUGGUUUUCUACCGAAAUCUCGCUUCUUUCACCGGUGGUCAUGGCUCAGCCAUGGUGUGCUACUGUCCAUAACUUUGGUGUUCACUACACUAUGGGCACGCGCGCCUUCCAUAGAUGACGUAGUUCUAUUUUCUCCAGCAAAUGAGGCAGUUGAAUCUAUCGGCAUCGUGAAAUUCAACGGAAGUGUUGAUGCUACCUCCAUAUAUCGUGGCAGCCCAUCCCCAGAGCUCGACGCCAUUUGGGAUAAAUUAUCAUUUGAUGCGCGUCCGGUCCGUAUGACCCUUGAGCAACUGCUCAGAACAGGGGAGAAACCUCAUCCUGCCAUGGCUAGGUAUCCGGACGAAUACGGCGGAGGUUACAUGGCGACUGUAGAAGUCAUUCAUCAGCUCCAUUGCUUAGACAUGCUUCGCAGAGCCAGCUGGGGUAACAAACACUAUCAUCAUGGGGACGUGCACGAAACCGGUGAAAAAUUUCGCAUCCAUAUCGACCACUGCCUCGACAUACUCAGGCAGUUCGUCACGUGUAGUGGUGAUGUGAACAUGAUAACUUAUGAUUGGGUGGAGGGAAGAACAACUCCAUUGGGUGAUUUCAACGUUCAUCGCCAAUGUAGAAACUUUGAGAAGGUUGUAGAUUGGGUCAAUGAGCAUCGUGUUGCUAUGCCUGCAGAGAAGAUGGUCCGCUUGGACGGUUACGUGGACCUGCCUUCCCUCCCUUGA